GCCGCACGCUGACACGGUCACAUGCUCUCUCCGUAGCUCGUCAGGGAAAAUAAAUAAUUCUAAAAUUCUGAAAUACUUUGUGCUGAAAUAUUGUAGCGGGGACUUUCAGAAUCUCGAGUGCCGCGCGUGUGUUAUUUUGAGUUAUCGCGAUCGCGGCUAAGUGCAAUUAGUGCCACACAAAUUUAGUGCUAUGAAUUGGGCAAUUUCGUUCUCUGGCUAAGAUAAAUAAAUAUAUACAAAACUAGCAGAAGUGCUUUUGUGAGUGAGAGUUCCUUCAGUUCCUUCACUUCCAGUCGUCGUUGUUGUCGUGGCUUCAAGAUUUUACUGCGAAAAACGGACAAUCUGCGGCCGCUCACAGAUUUGGAUUCGUUAAAAAACUGGAAAAAUCAGCGGUGAGGGGAGAAAACAAUCCUGCAAUCCAGCUGCAAAUGCAAUAAGCCGUCGACGUUGACAAAAGGCCCCGUCGUCGUCGUCGUCGUUGUCUAAGCCACAACAAACGCACAGGGAAAUCGGCGGGAAAAAGGACAAAGACAGUAGGAGACGGCAGGAUUGCGUUCCUGUACUUUGGACCCACGUGCGCCGCGGCUGCGCCGGUGCCGCUGUCACUGUCACUGCCUCUGGCUCAUCCAGUGCCCCGGCCCGUGUCCUUGGCAGGUCCUGAAGCGGCCACCAUGAAGCUGUCCAAGCUGUCCAACCAGACCAACUCGCAGGAUCCGCAGGCGGUCAACUCGCGCAUCUUUGUGGGCAAUCUGAAUACCUUCCAAUGCUCCAAAACGGAUGUGGAGCGCAUGUUUCAGAUCUAUGGACGCCUCGCAGGCAUAUCCAUGCACAAAGGCUAUGCCUUUGUGCAGUUCACCAACCCGUUCGAUGCCCGCAAUGCCUGCCACGGCGAGGACAGCAAAACGGUGCUUAGCCAGACAUUAGAUGUCAACAUGGUGGCGGAACCGAAGGCGCAUCAGAUCGGAAGGAAACGCCAGAAUGUGAGCAAGACCGGAAAUGAUUGGGACUACUUCUACGACAGCUACUGCUCCUCGGCCCUGCUCCGUGGCGGCGGAGGUGGAGGUGGCGGCGGCGGAGUUAAUGGUGUGCGGGCCAAGAAACGUAAGCGCCUAAUGACCAAUGGCGGCGGAAUGGCGGCUGCAGUGCAGCAGCAGCAGCAGCUACCUGGACACGGACACCACAGUGCGGCGGCAGUGGCGGCUGCAGUGCACCAGCAGCAGCAGCAGGCGGCGCAACAGCAGCAGCAGCAGGCCCAGCAGCAACAGGCGGCAGCGGCGCAACAGCAACAUCAGCAGCAGGUGGCAGCCGUUGCCAUGGCGGCGAUGGCCAAUUUGCUGCCCCAGCAGCAGCUGCUGCUGCAUCAGCAGAAUCUGCUCACCAAUGUGGCAACCACGGCGUCCGCGGCCCCGGGCUCCCUCCACUGGUCGCAAUACAAACAGGAGCAGCAAAUGCCCCUGGCCCACCAUCCGCAUCCGCAUCCCCAUCCACACCAGCAUCCGCAGCAGUUCGGAUUCCAGCUGAAGAGCAGCGUGGCGGUCCAGUCAACGACAUUGCCGCAGAAUGCAAAGUCAGCAAUAAUUGCUAAUCAAACGGCGCUCGGUGAGCCAUAUCCUGUGGGAGGGUCCUUCCAUCAGCAGCAGCAGCAGCAGCAGCAACAGCAGCAGCAGCAGCAACAUCAGCAACCGUUGCUGCAACCGUUGACUCUGGCGUUGUCCCCACAGCAACCGCAGCCUCAUCAGGCGGCGACGCCACUACAAUUGCACAGCCAAUUGAUGCAGCAACAUCAACAACAACAACAGCAGCAGCAGCAACAGCAACAUCAACAGCAGCAACAUCAGCAGCAGCAGCAACAGCAACAUCAGGCACAGGAGCAAUUAGGUUUGCAUCAGCAGUGGGGACCCUUCAAAGUCUACAGCAAUCCGGACACAUUAAUCUGCGGCAACUGCCGGGAAAGCUUUGGCGAGCUGUCUGAGUUAUUGGACCACAAGAAAAGUUAUUGCAAGCUGAGGUUCACAUGCAAGUGCCAGGAUGUUGCCUUUGCGGCGAGUGCGAAGACGACGCCACCGACGAGCGCCAAAUUGCUAUGCGCCGUUUGCAAGGAUGCGUUCGCCAAUCCCUGGGAUUUGAUGGUCCACGCCCAGGCCGCGCACAUGGUUAACAUUUACGAGCUGGGCGAUGAGGCCAACAACAAUGGCAACAACAAUUGCAUCAGCAACUCCACCAGCAACAUGGCCAUUGCAUCUGCAGUUGCCGCCGUGGAGAAUGGACAUGCAACCAUAGCCGCUGAUGAGGUGGCAGCUGCCACAAAGCAGACGCCCCCACAGAUGCCAGUGACGCCGACGCUCAAGAAUGAGCCCAAUAACAAUAACAAAAUUAGCAACAAUAACAGCAUCCUGGAUAACAGCAGCAGCAGCAUUGUCACCAACAACAACAACAACAACAACAACGACAACAAUGGCCAUUUGUCGCCCUCGGCGGCUGGUAAUUUAAUGGCCACCGGAUCGGGUGAAAAUGGCAAUGCCAGCGACAUGGACACCAACUGCCAGCUGGACAUCAAGUUCAGUCCCAGCGCCAGUGCCAGUCCCAAGGAGGAUCAGCACCGCGACGAUCUCUCGCUGGACGGACGCCUGUCCAGCAGCUCUCAGCAGACGCAUCACUCCGACGAGCUGAAUGUCAAGUUGCUCAAUGGAUCCGUCUCCUCGAGGGGCAGUUCACCCGGCCUGGAAGCGGAUGAGCCGCCGGCCACCAGGGCCUGUAUUGUUCGCACUCUGAGCAUUGAAACUUCUGGACCGACUGCAUCUACCACAGCCAACGCUUUGAGCCUGAUCUCGAAUGGCUUGGGCCUGGCCCUGGCACCCCAAUAGGUCAGAAGUCUAAGGUCAAGCGGAUAGUCUCCUGGUCCUCUCGAAGGAGCGUUUUGUGUGCGAUCGUAACCCGAUACAAGUGCAAUUUCUUCAGUAUUUUUGUAACAGACUAACUAAAGGGCGGGCCGUGGCCAAGGGGUCGGGUAAAGGUGUUAAGCUGAAAACGAAUAACGUAAAUUACGUAAAACAUAUCAUUUUAAAUUAGCCAUAGAUAUGACAUACGAGCAGCUACUAUAUCCUGCGGUUAGCUAUAACAAUUACAGCCAUUUAUUGUGCGUAUUGUAUUUGUAUUUCUCGUUUUGUCCACUCGUAACUGCCUUUGUUUGUUGGUGUGUUGUUCGCAUGUCCUUUGGGUUUAGCGUUUCAAGCGGGCGUAGUAUUUAUUUGGGUUUCAAAACGGCAAAACUGCAUAAGUGAACGUAUAGGUAAAAUUAUGGAAAGCUUAAGCUGUCACCGCCUGUCGGUGGUGCGAAUUAAACGGUAAUCGAGCUUUGUAUAUAGUUAAUACCCAUAUUAUACAAGGAUACAAAUUACAGAAUUAUAAGAUCAUUGUUGAUGAUGCCCGGUCGGUCACCUGGCUUUAACCGGAGUUUAUAUUUUGGAUAUUUAAUUUACGGAUUCAACUAAUCGUAGAGAGAACCAAAUAUUAACCCACGCAGAUUGUAUAUCAAAAGUAGCAUAGUGACAACAGGUGUUUCAAAAACAAAUUCGGAGAAACUUGCUAUAUAUAUAAUAUUAUUAUCUAGUAACAUAAUCAAAUAUGCGUAAUAUUAUGUAAUACCUAAUAUCAAAAGUAGCGGCUAUGUAAAUAGGUUAAUCAACGUAUUAUGUACUUACCAAGCAAACAAUUUGUAAACAGUAACAACAUUCAAUUCAAUGUCCUCCAGCUAAAGCAUAUAAACCAACCAAAUGAAAUGUAUUAUGCGAAUGAGAA